CAAACCCGUCGGCGAUCACCAAUGGGUUACCCGAAGUUUCCAAAGAAUUGUCCGCGACAUGCCAAUGAUGCCAUCGCCGGUGGAGUGUUGACACCCUACUUUCAAACUCGGCCGCCACUGACGACGUCGUUUUAAGAACCAUUCCCCCUUGCAAUUCCCGCAUUUUUUAAGCCGGGGUCUAGGUUUCGUUGACAUGGAUGGACUAGGGUUUUAGCUUGAGCGGGGGAUGAGGAUGAUGGUUGGCUUCCUUCGCAAAGCCCCUGUGCUCCAGGUGAGGUUUGAUCUCACAGCUUCUCCAACCCCACAAAGCUUGCAUUUUCUUCUCGACCACCUCUACCUAUUCUCAUCUUCUUCUUCCACAUCCAUUUCAACUUCUGAAAAACCACACCCAUUCACUGUGUCUUAUCUCAUAAACUCAUGUGGCCUCUCUCAUAAAGAUGCUCGAUCAGCUUCUAAAUACGUUCACUUUGAAACCCCCGAUAAACCCAAUUCGGUCCUUGCCCUCUUCAACAGCCACGGGUUCUCCAAAACCCAAACCUCGAAAAUCGUCAAAAAGGAACCUCAACUCCUCUUAUCCGAUCCCGACAAAACCCUUCUGCCCAAACUCCAAUUUUUCUACUCCAAAGGCGCUUCCUGGCCUGACAUUGCCAAGAUCGUAGUCUGUUCCCCAUCCAUCUUGAAACGAAGCUUGGAAAAUCAAAUCAUCCCAUCUUUUAAUUUCUUCAAAGAUUUUCUUCAAUCCGACAAGAUGGCAAUUACUGUUGUUAAACGCUUUUCCCGGAUUCUACUAUUUGAUCUUCACACCUAUGUGGCUUCUAAUAUGAAUGCGUUGCAGGAAUUUGGAGUUCCCAAAUCAAAUAUUGCAGGAUUGCUAAUGAAUCAGCCUAUGGCAUUCAUGGUGAGGCCAAAUUUGUUUAGGGAGAAUUUGGAGGAAGUAAAGAAAAUGGGGUUUAAUCCUUCACAAAUGAAGUUUGCUAUAGCAAUCCAAGCAAUAAGAGCGGGGGGGAAAUCUUCCUGGGAAAGGAAGAUUGAUAUAUAUAAGAGGUGGGGUUGGUCUGAGGAAGAGAUUCUGUUAGCCUUUACAAAGUCUCCCUGGUGUAUGAUAUAUUCCGAGGAUAAAAUAAUGGCAACAAUGGAUUUCUUUGUCAAUAAAAUGGGGAGGGAGUCUUCUUCGAUUGCUCGUCGGCCCCAGCUUAUCUCGCCCAGUUUGGAGAAGAGAAUUAUUCCCCGGUAUUCAGUUGUUCAAGUUUUGUUGUCAAAGGGUUUGAUUAAUAAAGACUUCAGCCUGUCAGCAGUGUUUCAGUCUACUGAAAUAAUGUUUCUGCACAAGUUUGUGGAUGUUUAUAAGGAGGAAGCUCCUCAGUUAUUGAACCUGUACCAGGAAAAACUCAAUCUUACAAAAAAGCAAGAUUGACUCUAAGAGGGAAGUGGUAAUUGUGGUAAUUGUAGAAUGUCCACAUUAUGAAUCCAAAAUUUUCUGCAUCUCCCCCUGUGUGGUUAAUUCUGCUGAAAAUUAUUUGGUUCUUCACUCUUAAUACAUUUGGUACUUACUGCAACUAAUUCAGAUUUGUUCUAUAUGCAAUCUUACUCUCGUUUGGAAGUUCAAUCUUUAUCUUAUAUUGUUUUUUUUUUUUAUAGGCACUAAUUUUCAAUCUGAUCUUAUUUGUCAAUGUGUUUUUGGAUUCCUUUCUUCCUAUGUAAACACCCCCUUUUUCCCAAUCGUCUUCUUCAAGCAGCUAAUAUGCUGAUACAGUUGUAGAACGGCCAUUAGAGGUUCUGCCCCAAACAAAAGCAUCCUUAUGGGCCAAUCUUGAAAAAACAUCUAGUUUUAGAAAUAUGUGAUUUUCUGUGGAACUCUAAGAUCUCAUUUGUGUUUUAUAGGGAGCAUAAAGAAAUGAAGCUCAAUGAUGUAGCUGAGGAUUGCUUGUUCAACUCCGAGAAUCCCUUGACCAUCUCACUCCGUCUCUCCUACCUUCGUACUUGAAAUGUAAUUUUGUAGGGAAAGAAGUUUUUUGAUGGAGCUUGUUUGUCGAAAUUAAUUUCCCUGUAUCACCGCCCAUUUGGGUGUUUGCAAGAAACAGGAACGUAGGUGAGUCUUGUUUUUGGCAGACAAUUCAAAUAACAAGCUCUUGAUCAA